AUGAAGACUGAAUGUCCGACUACGGCACGCUUAAGACAUCGCAAGGAUUGGCCUUCAUGGCUGAUACAGCUAAAAUUCCAGGCCUACCAACACAACAUCUGGGAAUACAUCGACCCCACAGCACCACCCAACGCCUCGGAUCCCACGCAGCGGAUCCUCUACAUCCCAAAGAUUGAUGAGCUGAUUUCGUGGCGACAGGUUCAACUCAAAGAGCAGUAUUCCCGAGAGUUACGAGCGGCCUAUUCGGCAAGGGCGGGCGGGUCUCCUCAGCAGCCCCUGCCGCCUGCGCCAGCGGCAGUCACCCUCGACGACAUUCGUGAGGAGUUUAAAACACGUCUUGCAGAGUACUAUGAAGGUGUGGUCGAGCGCGACGAUAUCAGAAAGGAGUACCGAACCGUGUGGAACUGGGUCCACGCGACAGUCGACGCGAGCGUGCUGUCCGCCGCGCGGGCGACUGCUGCUGCGGAGGAUGAUUGUAGCCUGCGAGGUGUCGUGCGGGCCCUGCGAAGCCGAUUUGGUCCCGCGAGGGAUAGGGAAGGAAGCGUGGUACGGCGACUGUUUCUGGGCCGCGUUUUGGUCCGGAGGGCUUUCAAGAGGGUGAAGGCGCUUGCGAAGGGUCCAGCUCACCGGGUUCAACCGCAGACAUGCACGGUACCGAGUUUCUUGAAGCUUCCGAAUGAGAUGCUGUACCACAUCAUCAGCUUUCUUGAACUGCACGACCAGUUCAUUUUGCGUCAAACCUGCAAAGACAUGCAAAUUCUCCUCCAGAAAGACUGGAGGCUGCUGUUCACUCGCCUUGCCGUCAGUCAAAAACUAGACUUUUUGGCUGGUUUGGCAUUCACCUCACCCAACCACUGGGUCUGCGGAGGCUGCCACCUGCUCCAUCGCAUUGAUACGAACGACGUACCUUGGCAUCUGCUGCGUACUUGCCCAUAUGACACAAAUAGAGCAUGUUUCUUAUCCCGUUUCGACAUUCGAGAGAGCCAUGUUCAACUCGCACUCAAGCUCAUGCGACCCGAAACAGCCGCCAACCAGGAGUAUUUGAAGAAGAUCAUGUCACCGUUUACCUUCGAGUAUGCCCCUUCUCCAGGCCAAAAGACCAAGACUUCUUUUCACGCCGCGCCAAAAGUUAUAGCCGAUAGGUUCAUACUAUAUACUCAGCGGGCACUGAGUUAUCAGCAGGGCCUUGGAGUUUGGCAAGUUUCAGAGAGAAUCUGUCGGCACAUCGGUGGAUCUGAAUCUUGGGGUGGUCCCCCAAAGGAACUUGGCAACGCCGUCAGACUGGCAGUCAAUCAGCCGGGAAUCGAAGUGAAUGGCCAUUGUUCACGCUGUCUAAUAGACUAUUCAAUCAUACUUGGUCCCGGGCCCGACAGACUCACCAUCCGUGCUUGGUAUGACUACGGUUCCUAUAAGUCCCCCAAUGACAAGUCUUGGACUGCACCCGUUUAUGGUACCAGCAACACGUAUUCGCCAGGUCCUAAGGUGUAUCGUGACUCUGGCAGCAUUCGGAUGCUGUACGCAACGGGCACCACACUUGGCAACGUCAGGUGA